AUGGCGCGACGACGAUUGAGAGUGGCUGCUGUGGCUGUAGCUAUAUCUGUUGUGUUAUUAUGCGUCUGGAGCAUCGAGUCGCUCACACUGCACAACAAUCCGGGGAAUGCGAGCACUAGCGCCGAACGACCGGCUGCGAUUCACAACUCUGCCGUAUCAUCAGCCUCAGAAUCAGCUCCAUCACCAACUCCAACGAAAGAAUGUCUUCAAUACGAGAAAUUACAACAAUUGAGACAAAACCCGCUUUCCGAGGGCAAGAGAAAGUUCCCCUAUUCUCGUCCAGAUCCGGAAUGCCGCGCCAUAUUGCCAGAAAUCACAGAUGAAGAGCUAGCCUUUGUCAUUACAGGUGAUAUCGAUGCCAUGUGGCUACGAGACUCAGCUUCUCAAGUCUACUCUUACCUCCCUCUUCUAGAGCCAUCAGAUGAUCCAGAUUCCCUAGCUAGUUUGUGGCGAGGACUAAUUAACAGCCACUCACGAUAUAUCAUCAUCUCGCCGUACUGUCAUAGUUUCCAACCUCCACCAGAAUCGGGCUUGAAACCAUCACACAAUGGAGCAUACAGUCAAAAUAGUCCCAUGCCACCUUACGAUCCCACCCUAGUCUUUGACUGCAAAUGGGAAUUAGACUCGCUUGCUUCUUUCCUCCAGAUUUCUACCGCGUACUAUGAACGUACUCAAGAUUUAAAGUUCUUUCAAAAGUACAAAUGGGUUCAAGCUGUGAAAGCAGCAGUUGAUGCUGCGGGCGCUAUGAGAUUGGGUACUUAUGCAAAGAAUGGCAAGGUUGAGAAGUCAGCAUGGACAUUUGUCGGAUGGACGAAUCGUGGAUCAGAGACCCUCACUAACAACGGACUUGGGAAUCCAACUAAAGAAAACGGCAUGGUAAGGUCUGGUUUCAGACCUUCAGACGAUGCUUGCAUCUACCAGCUUCUCGUACCCGCAAACAUGAUGUUUGCAAAGUAUCUCGAAGAGGCUUCACUCAUAAUGGAGAAACUCGAAGGCGACGAAGCGAAAAACCUCACAUCCGUCAUGCGGGACUUCGCCUUUGGAAUCAGAAAAGGAAUCGACCGAGACGCAGUCGUUCAUCACCGCGAUUUUGGCGAUAUCUGGGCCUACGAGAUCGAUGGCUAUGGCGGUGUCAAUCUCAUGGAUGAUGCAAACAUUCCCUCACUUCUAUCAAUCCCCCUCUUUGAGUAUACACACUCCAAAUUCCCUCUCCCAGAACCAGCAGAGGGGGAUCCGAAACGAGAUUACGAUAAAAUCUAUCGCAACACGCGGGACUUUGUGCUCAGCGAUAGUAAUCCGUAUUUCAGCAAAGGCCCGGAGCUUUCUGCGAUUGGAGGCCCGCAUCUUGGGCCUGGAAAGGGAUGGCCUAUGGCGGCUAUUGUGCGAUCGAUCACUGCUUUCUUGAUUGCGGAUGGUGAUGAGAAGGAACUCGAGGGGGAGGUCAAGCAACAGCUUCGGAUGGUGCUAGAUUCUACGUCGGGAACAGGCGUGAUACACGAGAGUGUGAAUGCGUGGAGUCAGGGUGAUUGGAGUAGGGCUUGGUUUGGGUGGGCAAAUGGCUUGCUGGGCGAGUUGGUUAUGAAGAUCGAGAGUGAGAAUAAGACGUGGCUGGCUGAUAGUUGGCAGUGA